AUGCAGCAUGGCAGUGGAAACGAAAGAGAAGACAUGCGAAACCAGGGGGGCGCAGGUGAUGUUUCAAACGCGGCCGUACAACACCAAAAAUCGUAUGCUGGAGCUCUCCAAAACCACGCCGGUGCAGCGCCCUUACAGGCGAUGACAUUGAUACCGACAGGAGCCAUGUUGCCCCUCAACCCUAACCUGAGCCUGCUGCGCGCUGACCCGCGAGGCCCGAGUGCUGCUAUGAUGUCACAGCACACUUUCGGAAAGCUUUCAGACGAUGCUGGCCCUUGGCAUACGCGAUAUUCGCUCUCCCCACUGCAAGCAACUAUGCACUCAAGGCUCUUGCACACACAUGUAAACCCUGCACUUUGUUGCAGACACGACAAGUACGGGAUCUAUGCGGCAAAUCCGUGGUACUGCAGCUUGGUCUGCAGAUUAAUGGCUAGAAAAAUGGCCGAGAAGGAAGCGGCAAGACGCAUGGCUAGAAGGCAGGCCCUUCGAGCAUCACCCGGUCCCAGGACUCUGCCAGCUGGCGGCGAGUGGUUCAGCACUGAGGAGUACCUCCGCCUCACGAAGGCGGUGCUAGAUGCGUCGAGACGAAGUCCGGUGGUAGUGUUUACCAAAGGGUAG